AUGCCCUGGAAGAGGAAGGAACUCCUUAGAGAAAAAUUCUUCCAGCAAAAUGUCACCCUGAUAUCAGAAGAUAAACCAGAAAAACUAUUGAAACUUUUUUCAUCUAAAGAGCUAGCAAAAGCGACAGCAAAUUAUGCAGAAAAUAUGAUUAUUGGAAGAGGUGGUUGCGGCAUUGUGUACAAGGGAAUACUACCAGAUAAGCGUGUGGUGGCAAUUAAGAGGUACAAAAUAUCAGACCAACAAUUGGACCGAAUUAUAAAUGAUAUUAUAAUUCUUGGACAAAUGGAUCACAUGAACGUGGUGCAGCUUUUAGGAUGUUGUUUGGAAACUGAGGUCCCAUUGGUAGUUUAUGAAUUUGUUUCUAACGAUACACUUUAUCAUCAUAUUCAUAACAAAUCAAGCGGCGGUGGAAGGUUAUCAUGGGAUAGCCGUUUACGGAUUGCACAUGAAUCGACUGAUGCACUUGCUUAUCUUCACUCAGAUGCUAAGAUGACCAUCAUACAUGGAGAUGUGAAGUCAUCUAACAUUUUGUUGGAUGAAAAUUACACCGCUAAAGUUGCAGAUAUUAGUACGUCAAGGGCAAUCCCAAUGGAUGAUGAUCGUUUCAUUACACAAUUUGUAGGGACGAUAGGUUACUUGGACCCUGUAUGUUUCCGAACAGGUAAACUAACUGAUAAGAGUGAUGUGUAUAGCUUUGGCGUGGUUCUUGUAGAACUCCUGACUGGAUCAAAGCCCUUAGAUAUCAAAAGAUCGAGAGAGGAUACAAAUCUUGCAACAUAUUUUACGAAGGCAAAGAGGGACGAUCGGUUGCUUGAGAUUGUUGAUCAUCAAGUUUUAGAGGAGGCAACCGUUGAGCAGCUUAUAGAAACAUGUGACGUGGCAUGUAGAUGCCUUGACAAGCAAGCUGAAAACAGACCUAGCAUGAAAGAAGUGACUAUGAAGCUUGAAAGUAUAAGGAACACAAAUUCUUUGAUGAAUGAAAGUGAACAAGUUGAUCUUUAUGAUGUUCUUCUUGCUGCUAAUGGUGAGACCUCUACGACGUAG